AUGGUCAAAGUCAAAAGUACUAAAAAGAGUAACCUAACAGGCUCGCUUGAUUCAAAAUUAUCAUCAUUAAUAUAUAGAUUAUUAGAUGAAAAAACUGAAUCAAAUAAACGUAAUUCAAAUGAAGGUGAAGAACAAGAAGAACUUCAAGAUGAUUUCAAUAAUAUUGCAUUAGCUAAAGAUCUUAGGGUUGGUGAAGCUUUAUUAUAUUGUCAACAAAAAGAUUUAUCAUUACAAAGAGUUAAAAAAAUCGUAUUGGAAAAAACUUUAGAUAAAGUAUUAAAAGAAAUACGAACUGAAGAAGCUCAAGAAAUUCAAGCAUUCCAAGGUGAACAAUCAGGUCAAGUUGAUCAUGAUGAAGAAAUUAAUAGUGAUUUUGAUGGUGUUGAUGUUGAUGAUUUGAUGGAUGUUAAAGAUACAAAUGAAAUGAAUAAAAGUGUUGUUAAUCUUUGGAAUUUAAAAAAUGAAGAUACAAAUACAUCAAAUGAUAAAAAUGAUUCAAAAAAAGAUGAUAAUGAAAAACAAAUUGUGGAAGAUGUUGAUGGAUCAAGUAAAGAAGUUAAAAAAUCUAAAAAAAGGUCAAAAGAAUCUUCAAGAUCUUCUAAAAGACAAAAAGAAAAAGAUAGAGCUCCUCCAAACUCUUCAUUAAGUCAAUUAGGUGGUAUGGAUGAUGUUAUAACUCAACUAAUGGAAUUAGUCGGUAUGCCAAUUUUACAUCCAGAAAUUUAUUUAACAACAGGUGUUGAACCACCAAGAGGUGUACUUUUACAUGGUCCACCAGGUUGUGGUAAAACAACAAUUGCCAAUGCCUUAGCUGGUGAUUUAAAAGUUCCAUUUAUUAAUAUUUCUGCUCCAUCAGUUGUUAGUGGUAUGUCUGGUGAAAGUGAAAAAAAAAUACGUGAAUUAUUUGAAGAAGCCAAAUCAUUAGCUCCAUGUAUUAUAUUUUUCGAUGAAAUUGAUGCUAUUACACCCAAAAGAGAAGGUGCUCAAAGAGAAAUGGAAAGGAGAAUUGUAGCACAAAUGUUAACUUCAAUUGAUGAAUUAAGUUUAGAUAAAACUGGUGGGAAACCUGUUAUUAUUAUAGGUGCAACUAAUAGACCUGAUUCUUUAGAUGCAGCAUUAAGAAGAGCUGGUAGAUUCGAUAGAGAAAUUUGUCUUAAUGUUCCAAAUGAAAUUUCAAGAUUAAAUAUAUUGAAAAAAAUGACAUCUUCUUUAAAAAUUGAUGGUGAAUUAAAUUUUCAAAAAUUAGCAAAAGCAACACCAGGUUAUGUUGGUGCAGAUUUAAAAGCCUUGACAACAGCUGCUGGUAUUUGUGCUAUAAAGAGAAUUUUCAGUUCUUUAUCAGAUGAUAAUAUACCUAUAGAAGGUUUUGCAAUUGAAGAUUUAUUAAAAUUAUCAACAAUUCAAAAAUUCUUAUUACAACAUCCAUCACCAUUAACUUCUGAACAAUUAGCUCCAUUAGCUAUAACAUAUGAUGAUUUCCUAACGGCAUUACCAACAAUUCAACCAACUGCUAAAAGAGAAGGUUUUGCUACAGUACCAGAUGUUAAUUGGGAUAAUGUUGGUGCUUUAACAAAUAUUAGAAUUGAAUUAAAUAUGGCUAUAGUUCAACCAAUUAAAAAUCCUGGAAUUUAUGAAAAAGUUGGUAUCCAUGCACCAGCUGGUGUAUUAAUGUGGGGGCCACCAGGUUGUGGUAAAACAUUAUUAGCAAAAGCCGUGGCAAAUGAAUCAAGAGCAAAUUUUAUAAGUAUUAAAGGUCCAGAAUUAUUAAAUAAAUAUGUUGGUGAAUCUGAAAAAGCUAUACGUCAAGUUUUCACAAGAGCUAGAGCUUCAGUACCUUGUGUUAUAUUUUUUGAUGAAUUAGAUGCUUUGGUACCAAGAAGAGAUUCUUCAUUAUCAGAAUCUUCAUCAAGAGUUGUUAAUACGUUAUUAACAGAAUUGGAUGGAUUAAAUGAUAGAAAGGGUAUUUUCGUUAUUGGUGCAACAAAUAGACCUGAUAUGAUUGAUCCUGCAAUGCUUAGACCUGGUAGAUUAGAUAAAACUUUAUUUAUUGAAUUACCAAAUGCUAAUGAAAGAUUAGAUAUUUUGAAAACAGUUAUAAAUAUUAACAAAACUCCAUUAGAUCCAAAAAUUGAUCUUUCAACAAUUGCACAUGAUGAAAGAUGUAGAAAUUUUUCAGGUGCAGAUUUAAGUGCAUUAAUUAGAGAAGCUGGUGUUAUUGCAUUAAAGAAGAAAUUUUUUAAAUUAAAUAAUAAACCUCAAUUAAAUGAUGAUGAUCAUGAUAUGAUGGAUGAAGAAGAACAAGAUGAUGAAAUUUUAGUUACUGCAGAAGAUUUCGAAAAAGCUUUAAAUAGUGUUAAACCAAGUGUUAAUGAUAGAGAUCGUGCAAAAUAUGAUCGAUUAAAUAAAAAAAUGGGUUGGUCAUUAGCUUCAGAUAAUAAUGAAGCUGCUAAAACUGAUGAAUAA